AUUCUUAGUCUUCUUCUCCGAGUGAAGUGCCUUUCGACACAGAAAAGACACGGUUAAUGGAAACGCAAAUCCCUCUACAGGCGGAGCCCGCAGUAGGCGCAAAUCCAUUUGUAUUUUGUCAAGGAAAGGCGUCGUCGCGAUGACGACUUCGCCCAAUCACCCACACCCACACCCACACGGCACGCCCAGUCGCCCACACCUACUCCUAUAAUUUCAACUCUCUCUUACUAAUGAGUUACCCAUAAAAACCAGUACCGACAACAAUUGUCAAACGACUUAUCCAUCCCGCUCCUGCAAUCCUCUUGGCAGAAAGCUAGGAACAAAAAAAAAUCACCCAACCAUGUCGAACCAAAGCCAACUAAAUUCUGCGGCGAUACUGAAUCAGAUGAAGCUCCAACUCGCCACCGACGCUGGUAAAGUGAUCUCCAAGAAGAUCGGCUUUGUCUAUCAGCUCAACAUCGCCCCCAAGAAAAUUGGAACCGAUGAGGAGAUUUACAUCGUUAACCUUAAGAAAGGAGAAGUUACUAAAGGUCCUUAUGAAGGCAAGCCUGAUACCAUUUUUUCCUUCAAGGAUGCUGAUUUUGUGAAGAUUGCCACAGGGAAGAUGAAACCUCAGGUGGCUUUCAUGAGGGGAGCCAUGAAGAUUAAGGGUAGUCUGAGCGCUGCCCAGAAGUUCCAUCCUGACGUUUUCCUAAAGCAGUCCAAGCUGUGAGCAGAGCAAACUACCAUCAGCUCUGGGAUCUUCUUGUAUCAAUUUUCAUUUAAAACAUUACUUGUAGUCUCAAUUCUCAAAGCAUGGAAGGGAAGUGAAGAUACUGUGAAAUACCUAAACCUCUUUAUCUUAUAUGGUAAAUAUGCUAUUCUUUUUUUUCAAAUCAAAGGAAUUUUGAUUCAUUCAGACGUGUCAA